ACGGAUUGAAACAUGAGUACACGCUGACACAAACCCACUCACUCCAGCUCACAAUGUACCGCCACUGCAACAAUUUCAAAUACCCAUUCUUCACCUUCACUUUCAUUUCAACCCAAAUUCACCACCACCAACGGUGGCCGGAAAAUCUAAAUCUCUUCCAUGGCUUACUUCCACUUCUUACUUUACCUUUUUCUUCUUAUCCUCACUGUUUCUGCUACAGACCAACAACGCCAAACCACAUUCAUUGUUCGAGUUCAAAACGACGCUAAACCUUCAAUAUUCCCGACUCAUAAACACUGGUACGACUCUACCCUCGCUGCUCUUUCCGACCGGAGUCUUCCUUCUUCUCGCAUUAUUCACACGUACGACACCGUAUUCCAUGGCUUCUCAGCUAAGCUUUCUGCUGUAGAGGCUUCCAGGCUUGAAUCUGCUUUUGGGGUUCUCUUGGUUAUUCCUGAACAAGUUCGUCAUCUUCAUACCACGCGUUCGCCGGAGUUUCUAGGGCUUAAGACGUCUGAUAGUGCAGGGUUGUUGAAGGAGUCGGAUUUCGGGUCCGAUCUGGUUAUUGGAGUUUUGGAUACUGGGAUUUGGCCUGAGAGGGAGAGUUUUAACGAUAGGGGGUUAGGUCCGGUGCCGGUUAAGUGGAAGGGAAGUUGUGUUGCCUCCGGAGGUUUCCCGGCGACGUCUUGUAAUCGGAAGCUCAUCGGAGCUAAGUACUUCUCUGCCGGAUACGAAUCGACAAAUGGGAAGAUGAACGAAACGGUGGAGCAUCGGUCGCCGCGAGAUUCCGAUGGUCAUGGAACUCAUACAGCUUCAAUCGCCGCCGGUAGGUACGUUUUUCCGGCAUCAACUCUCGGUUACGCCCGUGGUGUCGCUGCUGGAAUGGCGCCGAAAGCUCGUCUCGCUGCUUACAAGGUCUGCUGGAGUGCGGGUUGCUUCGACUCAGACAUCCUCGCGGCCUUUGAUUCCGCAGUCAACGACGGCGUGGACGUUAUAUCCCUUAGUGUUGGCGGCGUUGUUGUGCCCUACUACCUCGAUGCAAUUGCAAUCGGUGCUUUUGGCGCCUCCGAUCACGGCGUUUUUGUCUCUGCUUCUGCCGGAAACGGUGGUCCUGGUGGGCUAACAGUCACAAACAUUGCGCCAUGGGUUACUACAGUCGGAGCAGGAGCAAUUGAUCGUGACUUCCCCGCCGACGUAAAGCUUGGAAACGGUAAAUUAAUUCCAGGUGUUAGCGUCUACGGUGGCCCCGCAUUGGCACACCACCGUCUCUAUCCACUAAUUUACGCCGGAAACGAAGGUGGCGACGGUUACUCUGCAUCCUUAUGUCUAGAAGGCUCUCUAGACCCUAAUUCCGUACGAGGCAAAAUCGUCUUAUGCGACAGAGGAAUCAAUUCACGAGCUCAAAAAGGGGAAGUCGUUAAAAAAGCCGGCGGCAUGGGGAUGAUAUUAGCAAACGGCGUCUUCGAUGGUGAAGGUUUAGUCGCAGAUUGCCACGUAUUACCUGCUACCUCCGUCGGUGCAUCCUCCGGCGACGAGAUAAGACGUUACAUCAUGUCAGCUUCAAAAUCCAAGUCGCCCCCAAAAGCCACGAUCAUCUUCAAAGGAACCAGAAUCAACGUCCGCCCUGCACCCGUCGUCGCCUCAUUCUCAGCCCGUGGACCAAACCCCGAGUCGCCGGAAAUUCUGAAACCAGACCUUAUCGCUCCAGGACUCAACAUUCUCGCAGCAUGGCCGGACAAAGUAGGCCCCUCCGGCCUCGCAUCAGACAACCGGAAAACAGAAUUCAACAUUUUAUCCGGCACAUCCAUGGCUUGCCCUCAUGUUUCCGGACUCGCCGCCCUGUUAAAGGCAGCUCACCCAGGAUGGAGCCCAGCUGCGAUAAAAUCGGCAUUGAUAACAACAGCUUACACACUCGACAACCGUGGGGAAACGAUGAUAGAUGAAUCCACCGGAAACUCAUCCACAGUGAUGGAUUUUGGGGCUGGACACGUUCACCCACAAAAAGCCAUGGAUCCAGGAUUAGUCUACGACAUCAGUUCAUACGAUUACAUUGAUUUCCUCUGUAAUUCCAAUUACACAACCAAAAACAUCCAAGUGAUUACUAGGAAGCACGCCGAUUGCAGUCGGGCAAAAAAAGCAGGACACACCGGAAACCUAAAUUUUCCGUCAAUGACAGCUGUGUUCCAACUAUACGGGAAGCGGAAAAUGUCGACACAUUUCAUCAGAACAGUGACGAAUGUGGGUGAAGCAAAAUCUGUAUACACUGUGAGCAUAAAGCCACCGAGAGGGAUGAACGUGACAGUGGAGCCGAUGAAGCUUGCUUUCAGGAGGGAGGGGCAGAAACUGAACUUUUUGGUUAGGGUGAAAGUGGUGGCGAUGAAGCUGUCGGCCGGAAGUUCCAUUACGAAGAGUGGAUCGAUAGAGUGGUCGGACGGAAAGCAUGUUGUUAGGAGUCCGCUGGUUGUGACAAUGCAAGAACCCCUGUGAAAAACGAUGGUGGUUGUAGUAGUUGUAAGUUUUAAGUGGUAUCAAGUUUUCUAUUUCAGUAAAGCAAGAUGUGAAAUAGUUUGGAAGAAGAAGGGUAAAAAUGUAAUGUAAAAAAGGGAGCCAAAUAUAUAUUUGGUUUUGUAAACGUAUGGAAUUAUGGCAGUGAGUCAACUAGUCAAGUGCUGACUUGGCACUUGGCAUUGUUUGUUA